ACAAAUGGUUAUUAUCUUAAUGACAUAUCUAUAUCACAGCAAUUUAAAAUCGUCCAAAUCUGUAAGGAACGAUAGGACUAUUGUCGCUCUGAACUAUACUGAAGCAUAGACAAGGAAGGAAAAUAAAUGUAAUAUGCUAUUAUCACAAGGAUUCUUUUGUUGAAUCUGUACAUUAAUAGUUACCAAAAAAUCAUGACAAAAAUCCAACAAGAUGGAAGAUUUGUGGAUGAAGUAAAGUGACGGUCAUAUCAAAAUGUCUUCUAGAGAGUAUGAUAUUCAAUGUCGAGACGAUAUAAUCGGUAUUCCUGAUGUUUCUACAGGUUUUAGAUUUGCAAGAUCGUGGGGACUAAAUACUAAAGGUAUAAAAGCAAAGGAUGAGAUUAUUAAAGUUUUGUUAAAUGAGUGGGACAAGGAACAUACAGCGUCCGAGGAAGAAAAGGGAGGAAUAGUUUUACAUCAAGAAUUGCUAUACCACAGAGGAAACACAGAGAAAUUGAUAAAACUGUAUGACAAAGUCUCAAACUUUUAUAAAGACCUGCCAGUCAACUUUCAACAAGAUUUGAAUAGUAUCUUUCCAGACAUUGAAAAGACUUCUCUUUCCAAGCGAUCCGAGUUGUUAUCACCUGAAUGUAACAUUCUUGUUGCAGGUGAAGCAACAUCAGGAAAAAGCAGUCUUAUAAACUUAUUGCUUGAAGCAGACAUUCUUCCUACAAGUGGAAUUAAAUGUACACAGACUGUUUGCGAAAUUCGAAAGAGCAAAGAUGGUCGUAAGAAAGCAAUUUGCUUUGAAGCUAAAGGCGGAAAGGAAGUGAAAAUAGAUUUGAGUACAAUGGAUGGACAAGAAAAAUUAAAGAAAAACAUUACUAUUGAAGACAAUAAUGGUGACAAUCCAUACGAUAGAAUUGAAAUAUAUUGGCCAACUGAUGUUAUUGAGGAAGGUCUUGUUAUAAUAGAUACACCUGGUUUUGGUGAAAUCCAGAUGCAUAAAUCUCUUCAAAAGUACCUGUCAAAGUCAUGUGGUUUCAUUUAUGUCGUUAAUACUUCUAAUGCAGGCGGCGUUCAGAAAGGACGGCUGAAAGAUUUUCUGCGAAAUGUAGUAAAUACUUUAGACGAAGAAUUUAGCCCAUCUUCAACUUUGUUUGUAUGUAAUAAAUGGGAUGUUGUACCAAUUAAGGACCGAGAAGAAAUAAGACGAGGAAUUGUGUACCGACUAGAACAAAUUUUUCAGGGACUUCGAGUGGAACAAAUAUUCUACUUUUCAACUACAGAGGCAAAACGGGCCAUGGAAUACGGAGCCAUUGAUUCCGUUCAUAAAGAUUUUAUUUCAAAAGGAUUACAGAAUUUGUUCCCUGCAAGUUUACGCCAACAACUCAAUUCACAUUAUUGUUGGUUGUCUCAAAUAGUUAAAAGAGCCAAUUAUACCCUAAAAGUUUCAAAGACAAUAGACGCUGUGGACAAACAAGAAAUGACUAAACAGAUGGGCGAAAUCAAACGAAAUAUGCAAGCUUUAGAGGAAAAAUCAAGACAAACCAUUGACGAUCUGAGAAAGGAACUGCAGUAUGAGAUAAUUCAGUUGCAUAAAACAACAAGUGACGUUUUAACUUCACCGAGCAUGAAAAGCACAUUGACUGCCUGGAAACAGGAAGAUUGUCCACGUCCUGAUGGUUAUAAGAAGUUAGCUAAGGAAGCAGCUGACAAAAUAGCAAGUAAAGUUUCAGCAGAGCUUAAUAAAUGGGAAAAGGAACAACGAGUUGUCCACUCACUCAAAGAAAAAUUGAUAAAGAAAUUUAAACGAGAUUGCGACCUUCUAGAGGACCAAAUUGAAGCUAUAGAAGGUACACUUCUUGGAGAACACGAUAAAAAAAUGAUAAAGGACCUUUACAAAUCAAUAAAGAAGCAAGCACCUGUCAAAAACAUAUGGCGAAAAGCAAAAAGAGAUGAUAUAGAUGACAUAAAAGGCUUAGGCGGAGCUGUAGCAGUCGCGAGUGCAGCAAUAGCAAGCAACAAACAAUUUAGAGAAAAAUUUAAAAGUUACAAAAAAGAAAAUAGUACAAGGAAAAUGGCAGAAGCAACAGAUCUGUUUAUUGAGUCAAUUGUUCAUGGAAACGAUUUACAAGAUAAAAUUUCGCACUAUCUUAGGAAACUGGUGAAAGGCGUGGAUGAGAUUGCCAAGAAAAUACCUGAAUUUCUAAAAGCAGAUAGCCAGCUAUUAGAAAAACUGACACACAGUGUAAGAAAAGCAGAUGAUAAUUUGCAUACAAUGUAUCCACAGUUUAUUUCCUCAGGUCAGACUAUUCAAGGUGAAUUGGACUUGUUUUUCGUAUAUCAUAUCAUGGAUAUGGACUACAGAUUAAGUGACGUUGAAUGGAACAGAAAAGAUCUUUUAGGAAGUGGAAGUUUUGCAGACGUUUACAAAGGUCAUCUUAAACUAUCCAGCCAUACUGAAAUCGUUGCACUGAAGUAUUGUAAAGAUCCACUGUCAGAAAGGGUCGUAUCGGACAUUUUAUUGGAAGAUAGAACGUUAAGGGAAACAAAACAUCCAAAUAUCAUACAAUACUAUGGUUGCAUAUUACAACAGAGCGGUGAAACUAAAAGAAUGGUACACUUUAUUAUGAUAAUGGAAUACUGUGAUGAUACUUUGAAAAAUAAGUUCCUCAGCCCAGACUACGACAAUCCUGGUAAAGUUGAAAUAUAUUCUGCACAAGUAGAACAAAUGGAGGAGCUUGCAAGAUAUGCCAUUCAGAUAUGCGAAGGAUUGGAAUAUCUACACAGAAAGAAAAUGGUUCAUCGUGAUAUGAAAUUAGAAAAUAUUUUGAUUGUGAAGAAUAAAAACGGACAGGAUGUAGUCAAACUAAGCGAUGUAGGACUUACGAAGAAGGAAAGGGACAUUAGUGGAACCAAUACUGGCUCCCCUGUUUAUAUGGCACCGGAAGUACUUGUUCCGACAGGAAUUUAUGACAGAAAGGCAGAUAUUUAUGCACUAGGAAUAUUGCUCUGGGAGAUGUGGUAUGGACUCGAUGUCGCAGAUCAUAUACAACAACAGCUAUAUACUACUCUUGAUGAAGCAGUGAUAAAUAAAGGACUGCGGCCUUCAUUAACACUGAAACACAAACCAGACGAAAAAUGGCAAAAUUUGUUAAAAUCAUGCUGGUCAAAGGAUAAAGAUCAUAGACCAGAUUCUACAGAUGUUAAAACAUUUUUUGAACAAUUUUUGCUUCAUUAGUGUCAUUGAUUUAGUCGGAUGAUGAAUCUAAAUUUGUUACAAUAAGAGAGUUUGUCUAAAAAAUAAAAUUUUGUUUGGUAUAGCCUAAAACAAUAUAUACAACUAAAGAGUGAAUACAGUUGACAAUAUAUAAGAAACUUUUUCAAAUAGUAGUACAAUACAAUUAUGUGUAUAAUUUUAUCUAAUUCUGUUCGCAUUUUAACCGGUUUGACCAGUUUGAUAAAUUUUAAUAAAACAACACGUUAACUAAA